GAUCUCGUGACCUGAAGGCGCCAUUCAAACGCAGAUCAGCGGAUAAACAGGAAACAAAGAAGGAGUGAAGCUCUCAGUGUGUCCACAGUUAACGAGGAGAAAUGGCGACGAAAAGAGUUCAUCUGGACCAAACAAGAUUCUGCUGUUCGAUCUGUUUGGAUCUACUGAAGGAUCCGGUGACUAUUCCCUGUGGACACAGCUACUGCAUGAACUGUAUUAAAGGCUACUGGGAUGUAGAGGAGACGAGAAUCUACAGCUGCCCUCAGUGCAGACAGACCUUCACACCGAGGCCUGUCCUGGUGAAAAACACCAUGUUAGCAGUUUUAGUGGAGGAGCUGAAGAAGACUGGACUCCAAGCUGCUCCUGCUGAUCACUGCUAUGCUGGACCUGAAGAUGUGGCCUGUGAUGUCUGCACUGGGAGAAAAAUGAAGGCAGUGAAGUCCUGUUUGGUCUGUCUGGCAUCUUACUGUGAGGAACACCUUCAGCCUCAUUAUGAUUCACCUCCAUUAAGGAAACACAAGCUGGUGGAGCCCUCCAAGAAGCUGCAGGAGAACAUCUGCUCUCGUCAUGAUGAGGUGAUGAAGAUGUUCUGCCGUACUGAUCAGCAGAGUAUCUGUUAUCUCUGCUCUGUGGAUGAACAUAAAGGCCACCACACAGUCUCAGCUGCAGCAGAAAGGACUGAGAGGCAGAGAGAGCUCGAGGUGAGUCGACUAAACAUCCAGCAGAGAAUCCAGGACAGAGAGAAAGAUGUGAAGCUGCUUCAACAGGAGGUGGAGGCCAUCAAUCAGUCUGCUCAUAAAACAGUGAAGCAGCAGAUCAGAUCCCAGCUGGAAACUGAAGUGAGUCGAGUCAAAGAGCUUCAGGAGAAGCUGGAGCAGGAGAUCACUGAGCUGAAGAGGAAAGACGCUGAGCUGAAGCAGCUCUCACACAUCCAGACCACAUUCACUCAGCCGCUCUAUGCUGGACUUGCGUUUUACAACGAUGAAGGAGACUCUGCUAAGUUCAUUAAGCUGAAAUAG